GAUGUCAGUCUACUUCCGCUUCCUCUAAAGUCAGCUGAUGUGAUCGGGUGACUGUUGGCAUCUUGCUUAGACCUGGAAAAACUCCAACUUAACUUCUAAAAGUUCUAGAUGUCAUCAGACGUCUUAAGGUAAAAGAAACCUGGAAAGUGUCUAUUAGAAAAAUGGCUUCGUUGCUUUUUUGCGGUCCUAAACUGGCAGCUUGUGGACUGGUCUUGAGCAUUUGGGGUGUCAUUAUGCUGGCAAUGCUGGGGAUUUUCUUCACCACACAUUCAGCUGUGCUAAUAGAGGAUGUGCCUUUUACAGAGGAAGACAUGCACAACCCGGAGACAGCACUUCAGAGCAUUUAUAAACUGUACAACCAAGUUGGAUACAAUUGCUUCAUUGCAGCAGCAAUCUAUGUGUUUAUAGGAUUCUUGUCAUUUUGUCAAGUUCGUCUGAACAAACGCAAGGAAUACCUGGUGCAUUAACGCUGCCUAUUGAUUGGAGUUUAAACCUUCUUCUAACUUCCUUUGCUGUUUGUACAAAAUUGUUGUUAUACUGCAAUAUGUAUAUGCAAGUAUAUACGGCGUGUAGAUAUUUAAGAUGGAAUAAGAUUGCUUUAUCUGUGCAUUUCUUUCCUACCUAACUAUUGAAGCCUUACACAAAAUACAAUGUGUGCUGUGAGAUUGACCUUUAUGAUUAACCUGGACCUCAAUAAUAUGCCUUUGUUUUGUGCUUUUCUGAGCUGCGGACAAAUCAAAACCAUUUAAAUCCCCAUAUCUGUCAUUUGGUUGUUAACUACAAACGCUGUUGAUAAUUGAUUUAAUUGUGAUUUUAUAUAUACUUCUACACAUGUAAAAUAUAGAUCACUCAGAACAGGAAUUUUACAUUGAAUGAAAUGAUCACUGUGGUUCUAUUUUCACAAUAAAUGUCUCAAGAUUUAUCCUACACAACUGUAGAAAAUGCUAAGCAUAUUUUUUUUGAGCCAUCAUUCAGAUUAGAACUUUUAUUGGGCCUCCAGUUUUACAUAUGUAAUAAUUAAGAACGAUUGGAUACGGGGGGGGGGGGUGUGAGAGAGAGAGAAAUACACUUUUCUGUACUUUAGAAAGUAUACAGCAUGCAAAGGAAUUUAGUUAAUCAUGAAUCAGAAAGUCAGCAUGUUUUUCCUAUAGCUAUUAUGUAUGUUAAUGGCUGUAACACAUCACUCUUUUAAUCUCUUCAUCAUGUUGUGCUUUUUUGUGAAGCAGAAUGCAUUCAUUAAAGAAUAUAAUG